AUCGGAGGGGACGAACUAAUGUCUUCAUUGAGACCUUCUCAAGAUAAUUGUCAGACCCUAAGCAAUUUUACAAGAGCUUUGCAAUCAUGCUACUGCCAAGCGCAACCUGACGAGCCUCGCUACACCUGCCCCUGCUCAGAAACGCUCAGAAAACGCGUGUCGAUAGGUCGGCUACCCCAUGGCAAAGGACUUCACCUCACUUACUGCACAGACAACUCUCCCUUCGUUUUACAGGAAACCGGUUGCUAGUUGAAGAAAAGCGAGCAAACGUCUGCCAAAAACGUCAUUUAUUGGAGAAUAUCAAUAGCAUAAGAACGUUAAGAGGAUGUCAGCUGUGGAAAGAUACGGGGCUUUGUUGACCUAGGUGUGUGAGCCGGUGUGCGUUCCGCUGGACCUCCACUCUCCGUCACCAUGCACCCCUGGAGGGCUGAGGAGGGUCCGACCCCGCAGAGCCCACCCCAGGCCCAGUAGCCCGCCGCCAGGGGGCCCUGACGGAUGGCCUCCUUGCCCUGGUGUGAGGCAGCGCCGUGCGUCCUCCCCACCUUGCCCUCGGCCCUCGGUGCCGCCCGGCCCGCGGCAGUGUGAUGAAGACAGCCAGCCGGACCCAGACGCGCCGCCGCAGCAGCAGCCCCCCCCCGCACGUCCAGAUGAGGCGCUACCGCCCCGCCGGGGUCUACCCCUUCCUCUUCCCCACGGUCAUCAGCUCGCUGGGGCGGCCCCCCGCGCCGUCCAGGCUGCACGUCCAGCUGCCUUCCAGCAGCAGCACGCCAUCGCCUGCAGCCAUCGAGACCCAGAGCACCAGCUCUGAGGAGCUUGUCCCCAGCCCGCCAUCUCCGCUGCCCCCACCACGAGUCUACAAGCCCUGCUUCGUGUGCCAGGACAAGUCCUCUGGGUACCACUAUGGCGUCAGCGCCUGUGAGGGAUGCAAGGGUUUUUUCCGCAGAAGCAUCCAGAAGAACAUGGUGUACACGUGUCACAGGGACAAGAACUGCAUCAUCAACAAGGUGACGAGGAACCGCUGUCAGUACUGCCGCCUGCAGAAGUGCUUCGCAGUGGGAAUGUCCAAAGAGUCCGUUCGGAACGACAGGAACAAGAAGAAGAAGGAGAGCCCCAAGCCGGAGCUGGCAGAGAGCUACGAGAUGACAGCCGAGCUGGAGACCAUCAUAGAGAAGAUCCGCAAGGCUCACCAGGAGACCUUUCCUUCUCUCUGUCAGCUGGGCAAAUACACCACGAACUCGAGUGCAGACCACCGUGUGCGGCUGGACCUGGGCCUCUGGGACAAGUUCAGUGAGCUGGCCACCAAGUGCAUUAUCAAAAUCGUGGAGUUUGCCAAACGAGUGCCUGGCUUCACCGGUCUGACCAUCGCUGACCAGAUCACGCUGCUCAAAGCUGCUUGCCUGGACAUUCUGAUCCUGCGCAUCUGCACGCGCUACACCCCGGACCAGGACACCAUGACCUUCUCAGACGGGCUGACCCUCAACCGGACCCAGAUGCACAACGCCGGCUUCGGCCCUCUCACAGACCUGGUGUUCACCUUCGCCAACCAGCUGCUGCCCAUCGAGAUGGACGACACGGAGACGGGCCUCCUCAGCGCCAUCUGUCUCAUCUCCGGAGACCGACAGGACCUGGAGGAGCCCUCCAAGGUGGACCAGCUGCAGGAGCCUCUGCUGGAGGCCCUGAAGAUCUACGUGAGGAAGAGGAGGCCCAGCAAGCCCCACAUGUUCCCCAAGACCCUCAUGAAGAUCACCGACCUCCGCAGCAUCAGCGCUAAAGGCGCGGAGCGCGUCAUCUCGCUGAAGAUGGAGAUCCCGGGCUCCAUGCCACCGCUCAUCCAGGAGAUGCUGGAGAACUCCGAGGGCCAGGACGGCCAGAGCAGCACCAGCCCCGAGGACGGCAAGGACAGCCCCGGCAAGGCCAGCCCCGACAAGGCCAGCCCCAAGGAGGAGGCGGACGAGGAGGACGAGGAGGAAAAGGGGGCCAAGCCCUCCCCGAAGUCACCUGGGUCAUCCGACAGCGAGGAGGCCACAGCCACCCCUAGUGAGGAACCCUAGGGACCCCCCCACCCCCCCACCCCCCCAGGGGCCUCCCAGACUCUCUGACAUUCCUUUGCACAGAAAAGAAAGAGGUAGACAGCCAGAAAAGGUGGACCCUCCUCCCUCUCUCCCUUGCCCUCGGAAACUCACCUUUGCUUACUCUUGCGUUAUCCUCUCCCUCUUUCUCUUAUUUUCCCUCUCUAAAAAAAAAAAGACAACACAGAGGCCUAGAAGGACCAGUGCUUUGUGUAUAAAUCCUGAACUGAGCUCUUAUUGACAUUGUGUCUCUGGGACUGGGGGGUAGCGGGUUUGACCCUCACGUCCACCUGUACACAGUGAUACUCCUCAGGUCUCCUAUGUAAAUGACUACCUGCAUGAUGGACUCGGGAGUUUGAUAAGUGGAUUUAAUCUCUCUCUCUCUCAUUCUUUCAAUCUUUCAUAUUGUUGGCAUACAUUGUACAUACCAUUGUAUGGUUAGACCUCUUUUUUUAUGAUGAAUUUUGUGGUGCUUUUUUCAUUGUCUUAAAUAUUAUCGUUUGAGGCGAUACAUUGAGGUUUCAAGAGGGGCAAUUGGAAGUCCUGUUAAAACUGUUAAAGAAUGUUCUUGCAUAUAGACCGUAUGGAAGUCUAAUAUUUUCUAUAUGUUCCUAUAUUUAAAUCUUUUUUGUUUUUGUCUUUUAUAUAUCUCUUCUGUUCAUGUUUGUACAUGAAUGAGUCUACAUUCACACGGCCAGAAUGCAAGGCUUCCCUCCUGCAUAAGCAGCAGAACCUUCUCUGCUGUUUCCUCAAAGAAGGGAAGCCCAACUGACAGCCAUAGAUACAACCUUGCAAAACUGAAUCUGACCUUUUACAAAUGUUCAGGCCUAAAUAAACAGUAGUUCUUAAAAAAAUCCACCUCGCCGAAAAUUACAUCACCGGAUUAAGAAUGUUUUAAUCCAAAGAUUAAACUCGGUGGAGUCGGUUUAGGUGGAAAUGACCGCAGCUUGCUCAGUGAGGUCUCCUAAGACUGAAUUGAUGUGGGGAAAUGAAUUCUCCCCUAUGUGCUACUUCAAUAGGCCAGGCAGGUUCAGUGUAAUGAAGGUGUAUCUGUGGCUGAAAGCUUCUACAAGCAACUGGGUAACGCAAAGCGCACAUGGGCUCUAGGACAUACCUUCAGACGGAGCUGUAUGUCUAGAACUUCUAUCACUCCUUUACAUAAGUGUCUUUUUAUUUUUUACAGUUGAACGCGGGACAUUGCAAUCCUUAAUACAUAUUCAUGACCGAACCGCUUUGUCGGGAAGAUUGUACACUAAUGUUAUCUCUCCCAGUAGAUUGGGAAAGAUCCACCAAUCCACUACAAGCAGUGUGAUAUUUUUUGCCUUGCUUCUCAAGACUCACCACAGUGAUGCUAAGGAGAUUUCUGAUAUCCCUCCGCCUCUGAGCACAGUGCAGUAUGGCAGGCACGCUGCCUCCCCUUAGGAAAGUAGAUCCGACUGGGCCUUUUAUCUCAGGGGUCGGGGGACUCCACUUAACGCCUCGCACUGACCACAAUUGUCCUCUUGAUAAUGAUAUAAUAGAAAAGCUGCUUUUCUCCAGAGACCAAGUCACAGAUUAUAUUUAACACAAAGAGUUUUAAACCCCCAACUAGAAAUCUCAAUUUUUAGAAACAGAACCUCUUAACCCUUGUG